AUGUCAUCCCCACCCUUUGCCAUCAACCACCGCCUGUGUUUGGGGGUCUACGCGAGUGCCUUCACCUUGGGGUUGCCCCUCAACGUGGCAGCCCUGGUGGCCUUGGGGACAGUGGCCCGACGCCGGCGCCUGCUGCCCGCCGACAUCCUCCUCCUCAACCUGACCAUCGCCGACCUAGCGCUGGUGGCCUCCUUGCCCAUCCGCAUGGCCGAGGCGGCAUGGGAAGCCACCUGGAAGCUUCCACCGGCCCUCUGCCCGCUCUUCGUCUUCCUCUUCUUCACCAGCAUCUACCUCACCAUCCUCUCCCUCACCGCCCUCAGCGUUGACCGCUACCUCAGCGCCGCCUUCCCCGUCCAAUACCGCCGGCGCCGACGGGCAACCCACGCCGCCGCGGCCGCCGCCGGCUUCUGGGUGGCCGCUUUGGCCCACUGUAGCGUGGUCUACGUGGCCCAACCCGACGCGGCAGUCAACGGCACGGCGUGCUACACCCGUUUCGCCGGUCCUCAGCUGGCCGUGCUGCUGGCUCUCCGCCUGGAGAUCUUCCUGGUGCUCUUCUGCCUACCCUUGGCCAUCACCGCCUUCUGCUACGGCCGCUUGGUCUGCAUCGUGGUCUCCCUCCCCACCGCGGCGCCGGGUAAGAGACAACGAGCGGUGGCCCUGGCGGCGGCCACGGCGGUGGCCUUCAUCCUCUGCUUCGCCCCUUUCAACGUCUCCCACGUGGUGGGGUACCUACGGCGGGAGAACCCACCUUGGAGAGCCUACGCCGUGUUGCUCACCACCCUCAGCGCUUGCCUCGACCCUCUCAUCUUCUGCUUCUCCUCCGCCACCCUAAGACAGGGUCUCUGGCAGGUUUGGGACACGGUGGGACUCGGUCGGCUCUGUGCCAGGCGCCGGCUGCCGGUGGGGCAAAGCGAGGGUCCGGCUGAGGUGACUGGACGUGGAGGAUCUGGAGCAUCUUCACAUCAAGGGGUAGAUGGUGCUGAGCCGGUGACACCUUGGGGGCUUCAGACCUGA